UUCAAAGGUCGCCAAAGAAAAAGUUUGCCUCAAUAUGCGCUGAUUAUUCUCUGGAAUACAUUAACAGCUUAGAGCACUUUGACAUCAGUGAUAUAUAUUGACAUCGUCGUCACGUUCCUCAAAACCGGUCAUUUCAGAGUUCAGACUGAUGGCUCAACAGGAGUACAAGCGUCUUAGCGAUGCCUUGUUCACGUACAAAGGAAUUGUCUACCCUGUUUAUGAUGAUGUAGAACUCUCUCCGGAAUAUCUCGACAGCAUGGAACACUUUGACAUCAGAGACAGUGAUGUUUUUGUCAUCACUUUCCCAAAAUCUGGCACAGUAUGGACCCAGCGCAUUGUGACCUUGCUGUAUGAAGAGGACUUCCCAGACUCUGUGGACAAGAACUCAUUUGAGCGCAUGCCCUGGGUGGAGAUCUUGAUGCGUGACAUGGUGGGCUACAGCAAACGGCCAUCGCCCAGACUGUUCAGCUCCCAUCUGCAGGAGCACCUGGCCCCCAGAGGCCUGCAGGAGAAGAAGGCCAAAGUCAUCUACGUCACCAGGAACCCCAAAGAUGUCCUUGUUUCUUACUUCCAUUUUACAAACUGCAUGCACAGACUGGAGACACACAAAGACCUGGACGAAACGCUGGAUAAGUUUUUCACCGGUUGGACUAUUGGUGGUUCCUGGUUUGACCACGUCAAGGGAUGGUACAGCAACAGAGACAAGUACAACAUUCUCAUUCUAAGCUAUGAAGAGAUGAUCAAGGAUCUGAGAUCCGUUGUUCUGAAGAUCAGUGAGUUUGUGGGGAAAAACGUGUCCGAUACAGCAAUUGAUGAAAUAGUCGAUCGAGUCACUUUUAAGAAGAUGAAGGACGAUCCUUUGGCAAACUAUGAAUUCAUGCCAGAUCAUAUCAAGGACAAAGAGAAGGGAAAGUUUCUACGCAAAGGUACAAUUGGGGACUGGAAGAACAACCUUACGGUGGCUCAGAGUGAACGCUUCGACAAAGUCUUCCAGGAGAGGAUGAAGGACUUCCCUCUGACCUUCGUCUGGGACAUCAGUGAGCUCCAUGGCUGAUGUUUCAGAUGUCCUCUACAAAAUGUACAGAAUAUACAGUGAGGUCUGUAAGUACCUGGAAAGUGACACAAUUUAUGUUCUUUAGGCUGUGUACUCCAGCACAUUGGAUUUGAACUGUAACUGAAAAUGAGGUCAGAUUGCUACCUUUAAUUUGAGCCAUUUUUGUACUUUUGAAGUUGUAGCAUAAGAAAAUUAUCCACACCUCAGAUUAGUGUGAUUUUGCAUUGUAAACAGGAAGAACACAAAAUGGCAAUUCAAUUCUUGGGGUAGUGCCUGUUGUUUUGGAGGAACUAACAGUGUGACUACUUACCCAUGUGACAACUUAACCCACUCUCCCCUACAAGUGAAUGAUCAGAAACAGCAGAGAAGUGAGUGGUUCAAUUACUUUCGGCCCCCUAAAAUAGUGGGACAAUGUGUAAAAAGGGAUGUGAUUCCUACAUGGAUCAUCUGAUAUGGAGGUAAACGUGGUCACAUUAAAGGUGCCAGCCUACACUCAGUCCUUUCAUCUCAAAAUCAAAUGUGCUGGAGCACAGAGCCAAAACAAGGUAAAACAAAGUAAUUGUGCCACCAUCCAUAUCUGUACUUACGGACCUACAUAUCUGUGUUGCAUAGUUGCUGAAUGUGUUUCAUUUUGUAGCUUAAGAAAGCAUUCUUUAAUUUUCAAUUUAGAUAAAUAGG